UUUCACAUUUCGUCAAUGGGUUCUGUUCUUUUGUGGCGUUUUCUUGCUGGAUUCAAACCAGUUUACCCAACUCUGAAACUUGCUCUUUCUGUUACUUUUGAAUCCCGCCAUUAAAGCCCAACUGUUCUUCCUCCUCGAAGUUUCUUCUCCGUUUAGCAUCCAUUUUCCCCUUGAUUUUACCUUUUUACAAGUUCUAUCUCGAGAUGAACUUGAUGAUUUUGAGUUUUGCCAGAAGAAUUCAGCUGUCAGUCCGCGUUCUAGCCCCCUUUUGACUGUGUGAUCAUUUGAUCGUUCUUUUGUUUUUUUGUUGCUUUGCUCUGAUUGCAUGUAAUGGAACUGUAUCUGUGCGCUUUUAAAGCUGUCUUCAACUUCAUCCCGGUUGGCGCUUUUUGAGAUUUAUUGUACUUUGCUUCCCUGUUUGCCUCAAAUUUGCCUCCUGCUCGGGAUAUAAAUCUGGUUCUAUCACUGUUUGGAUCUCUGAUGAUAAAGAAAGUGCUAAUUUCUCGGUCGUUUUCAUGGAUUCUGAUUGAACAAACAUUCGACUGAUUGUUUUUCAUCAUAAACCCUAGUUUUUCAAAAGUUGCUUCGAAUCAGGUUUUGUUUGUGAUUCUGUUUCUUGAUUAGCUCUAGAAACUUGUAGCGAUGGAUUGUAGAAGAAGAUUUGGAUUACUGUUCUGGAUUUUGUUCAUUUCGUUGCUGCCGUGCAUUUCUUGUUUGUUUAAUCCGGUAGAUAAUUAUCUUAUUGACUGUGGAUCGCCGGCUAAUGUAUCUGUGGGUAAUCGUGUUUUCAUGGCCGAUAAUUUGGUCUCCAAGUUGCUUUCCACCCCAAAAGUCAUUCUGGCUAAUACGUCUUCAGUACCUGCCAGUUCUUCUAAUGAUUCGUCGCUGUUUGGAACGGCUAGAAUCUUCACUGGAUCAUCAAAAUUCAAGUUUCCAAUUACGGCUGGAAGGCACUGGAUCCGUCUCUAUUUCUAUCCAUUUGUGUUUCCUGGCUUCAAUAUGAGUGCUGCAAAUUUUAGUGUUUCGACCCAAAAUUUUGUUCUGCUGCGAGAUUUAGUUGCUGUGAAGAAUCCUGUGGUCAAAGAGUUCUCUGUUAACGUAGCUUCAGAUACUCUUGAAGUUAUAUUUACUCCUGUUAAUGGCUCCUUUGCAUAUGUGAAUGCCAUUGAAGUUACUUCUGUUCCUGACAUUCUCAUCACUGAUGAAGCCAGUUUGUUAGAACCGUCUGGUAAAUUCGACGGGCUAUCUGCUCUGGCAUAUGAGACAGUUGCUAGGGUUAAUAUGGGUGGGCCAAAGGUUUCUCCAGAUAAUGAUCCUCUCGCGCGGAGUUGGGUUCCUGAUGAGAGCUUUCUAGUUAAUAAGAAUUCUGCAAUAAGUUUCUCUAACAUUGCAGCUGUUAAAUACAGUGAUGAUGGGGCAGCUCCAGAGAUUGCUCCAAAUGUUGUCUACGGUACCCUAACCGAGAUGAACUCGAAGGAUGAUCCAAGCAGUAAUUUCAAUGUGACAUGGCGAUUUAAAGUGGACCCGGAGUUUCAGUACCUUGUUCGGUUUCACUUCUGUGACAUUGUGAGCAAAGCUCUACACCAACUUUAUUUCAAUGUUUACGUUGACUCAUGGUUGGUCGCUCGGGAUUUAGAUCUUAGUAUUCCUCUUAACAAUGCUCUGGGCACUCCUUACUAUAUGGACGCUGUUACAGGAUUGAUCAAGAAUGACAUACUUCUUGUGAGCAUUGGCCCAGCAAAUUUAGCCAAUGUGUAUCCAAAUGCCAUUCUAAAUGGUCUGGAAAUCAUGAAAAUGAACAACUCAGUUGGCAGUCUUAGUGGGGAAGACUCUGUAAUUAGUUUUCUGAACUCGACUUCUUCCAAUAAGCACAUCGGCGUGAUUGUGGGCGUAACCGUUGGUGCAUUUGUUGCAGCUAUGUUGGUCGCUGUUCUGUUUAUACUGAACAGACGAAGAAGAAAGGGAAUGCAUCAAGCUCCAUCAAAAACAUGGAUUUCGAUAUCGACGGCUGGAGGAAUGUCACACACUAUGGGAAGUAAAUACUCAAAUGGCACUAUCACAAGUGCUGCUUCCAACUAUGGAUAUCGUAUACCGUUCGCAACAGUUCAAGAGGCUACAAAUAACUUCGAUGAGAGCUGGGUUAUUGGUAUUGGAGGGUUUGGGAAAGUAUACAAAGGAGUUUUGAAUGAUGGCACCAAAGUUGCUGUGAAGAGGGGUAACCCACGUUCCCAACAAGGACUGGCAGAGUUUCAAACUGAAAUCGAGAUGCUAUCACAGUUCCGUCAUCGUCAUCUUGUAUCGUUGAUUGGGUACUGCGAUGAGAGGAAUGAGAUGAUACUGAUUUAUGAAUAUAUGGAGCAGGGGACCCUGAAGAGCCAUCUAUAUGGUUCUGAUUUCCCUAGUUUGAGCUGGAAGGAGAGAUUAGAGGUCUGCAUUGGAGCCGCUAGAGGACUUCAUUACCUCCACACUGGUUAUGCUAAACCAGUUAUUCAUCGUGAUGUCAAGUCUGCUAAUAUUUUACUCGAUGAAACGCUCAUGGCAAAGGUCGCUGACUUCGGUCUUUCAAAGACAGGGCCUGAAAUUGACCAAACCCAUGUUAGUACGGCCGUGAAAGGAAGUUUCGGAUACCUCGAUCCCGAAUAUUUCAGGAGGCAACAACUGACUGAGAAAUCAGAUGUUUAUUCUUUUGGAGUUGUGCUGUUUGAAGUCCUUUGUGCAAGACCUGUCAUAGAUCCAACCCUUCCAAGAGAAAUGGUAAACUUAGCUGAAUGGGCAAUGAAAUGGCAGAAGAAAGGGCAGUUGGACCAAAUCAUUGAUCCUACUCUAGUGGGAAAAAUUAGACCAACUUCUCUUAGGAAGUUUGGAGAAACUGCUGAAAAAUGCUUGGCUGACUAUGGAGUCGACAGGCCAUCUAUGGGAGACGUAUUAUGGAACUUGGAGUAUGCACUUCAGCUACAAGAAGCAGUCGUUGAAGUCGAUCCUGAAGAUAACAGUACAAAUAUGAUCGGUGAGCUCUCUCCACAGAUUAACAAUUUCAACGACGUUGAGGCAGGUGUUUCCGCUACACGGUUUGACAUUCCGGGUGUGGAUGAUCUCUCGGGAGUCUCCAUGAGUAGGGUGUUCUCUCAGCUGGUGAAGUCUGAAGGUAGAUGACCGAUGUUUCUGCAGCGUUAGGCCAUUGUGUCGAUUCUUCAUACUCGAUUUAAUCCAUUCCCCAUGGACCACUUUCAACCCCAUAAAAGAAUAAUAGCCUUGAAUUGGUCCGACGCAGCUGAAUAUGAGGCGUUCUGUAUACACCAGGCGACGAUGUAGGCAGGUCCUUUUAAACAAUGUCAAACUACAUGUAACAUAUUGGGUUCUUUUCUUGUACAAAAGGGGUUUUAUGCAGGCGAGUCUUUGCAAUAUCCAUCAAACAUGUUACUUCUUUAACGAACAAGGUAGUUCGAUUGCGAUUUGCAUCACUUCAUCUUGAGCAUCCUGGCAAUGUCAAUGACCUUGGUGUGUCAUUCUUUUCUGAAUUUCCCUAUCUCCGUUUGGGAGCGGUGGGAGCGGUGUCGAGGCGCUUUGUCGUGUAUGUGUUUAGCUCUGAACCUCUUUUUGUUGGAGCAUGUUUUUGCUGCAAUUUAUAGGUAAAUUCUUCAUCUGGGCAUUGUUUUCUUUGUGAUACCUUGAAUAUUUCAACUCUGUAAUGAACAGCCAUGCAUUCCUGUCUUCAACUUUCAAUGCAUCUUAAUUGCUGUUAUUGGUUGA